GCCGCUUGAAGCCUCCUAUCCUGAACUAAAAAUGUGACUUUGAAUUGGAAGGUUUUUGAAAGUUGUCUUUACCCUGCUUGUAUGUACAAGGUCACUUGGUGGCCCAGUGUAUUUUUACCGGUAUCCGUAUUAGUCGUUGGGUAUUUUGUUCAUCAAUUCAUCUUUUCCAUGUGCAUUAGACGCUAAUAAUAUGUAUCGAUUUGUAUGGCGCAAUAUCCUACCUAAGCUUACAACGGCUUUUAGAUUUUGCUUCAAGAGUCGUGCUAAUAAACUCUGAACUGGAGCUUUACUUAUGUUCAUGGAAACUUCAAAGAACCUAAGAACACCAGAUGUUCAAAGAGCAUCAAAGAUAUUACGUCAGGUUGAAUUCUAUCUAAGUGAAGGCAACCUAAAUCGGGAUAGCUUCUUUAGGCAAGAAAUGGAUAAACGAGAAGACAGUGGUAUACCAAUCGCCUUACUUUUAAAAUGUAAUCGUAUGAUUGCAAUGAAUGUUACUGAGGAUAUGCUUAGAAAAGUUGUGAAAUCCUCUAAAAUCUUAAAAGUUUCCAAUGAUGGUACAGCCAUUGUCCGAGUGUUACCGUUAACCGAAUUGGGACCUCGUGAAAAGAGAACGAUCUUGGUUACUGAACUGCCACGUUCACCUGUUGGAAUAAGUAUGCACGGUGAUGAGGAUAACAGUUCACAGAAAAAUAUGGAAUCAGACGAUGUAAACAAUGCAAGCAAUUUAAGCUGGGAGUUUAGUGACUGGAUUCGGAAUACUUUUGAAGAAUUCGGUGAAGUUCUUUAUGUCAAUCUACCUCGCUAUCAUAAAUCUGAUUCAUUUCGUGGAUUUGCAUUUGUUGAGUUUAAAACAUCUAAAUCUGCCAGGAAAGCUGUGAAACACAUAAAUUCUACAAUUGAAAAUGAACAAUGGCUUGUAAAGCCAACAGAAGCGCCGGAAUCAUCUGAAUGUCCUGCAUCAGCAUGGAAACCACGACUUGCAGCUAAAGCUUCCUUUUCAUUUGAACAAAUGCUUGCUAGACGAUAUGUUUGGCGUUGUUGUUCCCGAAAGAAUAAACAGCUGAUAGCAGCUUUCAAACAUUUACGGCAAGCUGGAUACACAGCUGUUAAUCCAUGCGAUAAAGAAUAUUAUUCCAUUAUACUCGGAGAUAGUUCUACAGAAUCUAUAUUAAAUUAUGUCAGAGAUGCUAGUCAUUGUGAACCGUGUCGAACGAAACUACGCGUUUUUCGUUAUUCUGAUUGGAUAUUUUGGAAAGAGAAAUUCUACUUAUGGCAACAAGCUUGGAUUGCACGAAUGCGUCGUAAGACAAGUGAAUUAUUCCUGGAAAGUGAUAAUAUGAAUCAUGAUCAUGAUGCAAGUAUGGAAGAGAACGGAGUAUCUUGUGAUGCAGCAGUAGUAGAUGCUGAAAUAUCCGAAUCUUCACUUCAGACCCAGCAGACCCAAACAUCACCUAAGCCUAAAUCACUUCCAAAAGAUUAUGUCCUCAAGUCGGUUGUACAGAUUUACUGGCCAUCAAAUUUAGUUUCAACUGGGGGGCAUAAAACACAGCAGACUAUCAAUGAUAACUUUCUUUGUGAUGAUUCAUUAUUAGCCCCGAAACGUUUAUCUUUCGCUCGAUGUUUACGUGUUAGCCUCGAAAAGAAUCUUCUUGUCCCAAAUGAUCUUUUACGCUUUGUUGCUCAUGUUGAUCCAAAUCCUGAUCAAAGUUUACUAGAUAGUGUCAACCAGUUUGGUUCUUGUAUCUGUAUCAAUCCUAAUGUAAAUGCCUCAUCAUCAUCAUCUCCACCGUCAGAUGAUGAAUUAUAUCCUCUGUUUAUUCGUAUGAAAAGUGCUGAAGCUGCAGAGAAAUUACUUCAAUGUCUUCGCUCUUCUUCUUCUUCACAACUUCACGGAGUGAUGACGCGUAUUCUAGAAGGUCGCAGUGAACAAGCUUAUUGUGAAAGUAUUGUCAAAUCGAAAGUUACCGCCGCUGAACGACAUCGAAUUUCACAGGCGAAAAAACGUCAAAAACAAAAGUCACAAAAUAAGUCGCUGCCUCCGGCGCCGGCGCCGCCACCGCCGCCUACAGUGUCUUCUACAUUUUGCACACCUCUGAUUAAAAAUGAUUCGAAGCAUAUUAGAUUUGAUGAAUAAAAAAAACUAUGUGGUAAAAGCUGCUUUUCUUUUGUAAAUAUUUUUGCAUUUUUUUUGUCUUCAAGAAACUGCCUUACAGAAUUGUAUCUAUUUUCUAUUAAUAAGUGAAACUAAGAAUUAUAUAUUGAUUUAUUGAAAAACCAAAUAAAUGACAAUGUUUAAUUCGAUUAUAGAUUUCCCCGUCGAUUGAUUGGACCGAAGUGCUUGGUCUCAGGUU